UCCUAUUGGACAGUUUCCCGGACGUCGCCUCAGCUCGUUGGUCCGCCACCUGUCACUCAAACGCAACACGGAAUCGUACAAGGAAGCGGCAGACAAAAACAAGACAUAACCGUGCCACUACGGGAUUAAAACCUGAAUUACGGAUGUCGUGGUUGGCUCACAAGAAAAAUGUCAAAUAAGGAGAGUGGACCAGGUGAAAACGGCCAACCGGUGACUAUGCCUCCUGAAAGAAUAGCCACUAACAAGAGCAGAGAAAACCAGAACCAGCGUGCGGUCGAGACAACAGGAGGCACCACAGACACCAGCACAGCAGCAAAAAACUUAGCUUUGCUGAAAGCAUACUCUCUGGAUGUGAAGUUUGAUGUUGGAGAAGAGUAUGAUAUCAUCGAAACCAUUGGUACCGGGGCCUAUGGCGUCGUCUCAUCUGCCAGGAGACGGGAUAAUGGCCAGCAGGUGGCGAUAAAGAAGAUCUCCAAUGCUUUUGAAGUGGUGACAAAUGCUAAGCGCACCUUGCGAGAGCUUAAGAUUCUCAAGCACUUCAAACAUGACAACAUCAUUGCCAUCAAAGACAUCCUGCAGCCAAACCUUCCUCACUCUGCCUUCAAGUCUGUAUAUGUGGUGCUGGACCUCAUGGAAAGUGACUUGCACCAGAUCAUACACUCUGCCCAGACGCUCACCCCAGAGCACACGCGCUACUUUUUGUACCAACUCCUCCGUGGCCUCAAGUAUGUGCACUCUGCCAAUGUCAUCCACCGUGACCUCAAACCCUCAAACUUGUUGGUGAACGAGAACUGUGAGCUAAAAAUCGGUGACUUCGGCAUGGCGAGGGGUCUCAGUUCACAUCCUGAGGAGUCUUAUUCCUUGACUGAAUAUGUGGCAACUCGAUGGUAUCGUGCUCCUGAACUCCUGCUGUCUCUGAAUCACUAUAGUUUGGCCAUUGACUUGUGGUCUGUGGGGUGCAUCUUUGCAGAAAUGCUGGGGCGUAAGCAGCUUUUUCCUGGGAAGCACUACGUCCACCAGCUCCAGCUCAUUUUGUCUGUGUUAGGAACUCCUCCUGAGGGUUUAAUUGGUGCUAUUAGGGCUGACAGAGUGCGCUCCUAUGUUCAGAGUCUUCCAUCACGGUCUGCUGUGCCUUUGGCCAAACUAUACCCACAAGCUGAACCAGAUGCUUUGGACCUGCUGGGGGCCAUGUUGCGCUUUGAUUCUCAUGAACGAAUCAGUGUGACGCAGGCGCUGGAGCAUCCUUACCUGGCCAAGUACCAUGACCCAGAUGAUGAGCCAAUUUGCGUGCCAGCUUUUGACUUUGAAUUUGACAAGCUUCCAAUGAACAAUGAACAAAUAAAAGAGGCAAUUCUGAUGGAGAUCCAGGACUAUCAUCGAAAGAAACAGAGCUGUCGCCAGAGACUGCAGUUCAGGCCUUUGGCAAGGGUGAACGGAGGAGCUGCAGCACAAAGCAGCAAUCAGUACAAUGCUCAGUCCUUGACCAGCAACCUUACCAAUUCAGCACUGGUUCCCAUGGCACAACACCCACAAGCAGCACAGAUGCAGCAGCAAAUGAGAGAGACAAAAUCUCAGCAGUCACAAGACCACACACCAGCAGAAGGGAAUCAUACAUUCACAAAUCAGAUGCAAACCUUUAAUAAGCCCACACCCCUUUUAGAAGUUGCCCGACCUCAUUUGACCCAUAAUCUGCCUCUCCUCUCUAAAAACGAAAGUGGUCCAGUUGAUGUAGACAUGCCCAGUGCCAACUCAGACAGCGGCCAGCCAGAGACUAUAGAUUUAACAACACCAGUGUCUAGUCAGGAAACAAUGAGAGACAGUGAGACACAGGACCAGCUAACCAGCAGUCAGGCUUCUGUGACUCGGCCCACCCAGAGCCAGUCCAUGACCCAGGAUUCCACCAGUAUUCCUGCAACACCAGCACAGACCACGACCCCCCUACCCACCGCCGUGCCUUUUCUUUCUCUCUCUGUGGCACAAGCCCACUCACUGUCCAGGUCUCUUUCCCAGUCGCUGUCGAAAAAUGUCAGGCCUCCUCCUGGUGCAGGAGAGGGAACCAGAAAAGAGGGAGCGAUUUCAGAGGACACUAAAGCUGCACUUAAAGCAGCUAUAUUGAAAUCAGCUCUCAGAAAUAAAUACAGGGGUGAUGGAGGAACCUCUGCUCUGGGCCUGGACGCUGGUGGAGGAGGGGGUGUGUCAUCCUCCCUGUCUUCUGUUCCAGAGUCGCGUCGGCCUGUCACCGCCCAGGAGCGUCAGCGAGAAAGAGAGGAGAAAAGAAGGAAGAGGCAAGAACGAGCAAGAGAGAGGGAGAGGAAAAUGAAAGAGAAGGAGAGAAGAGAGGGGAAACAGGGUGACUCGUUGGGUGGGGUCCUGCUGAGUGACAACGACAAAAGCCUUUUGCAACGUUGGACAAAAAUGAUGGACAGCUGCAAUGAGAAAUCGCAGACUCUUCAUGAUGGCGUGAAGAAUAAGGACAUCGGUGCAAACUCACACAGGUGUGUUGCCAUUGGUGAUAACAGUCAAGGAGCACUGAACAGUAAAACAGACGAGGCAAGGAAGAUACAGUCUCUUGAACAGUUAAUCUCUCAAGUUAAACAUAACCAGCCAGGCUUGUUUGAGCCUCCCAGCACCCAGCAACCAUCAGUACAUUUCUCCAUUAAGCAGAGGAAGCCUCCAGCGGAUGUAGGUGUUGCUGUGAGCGGAGGAAUAGAUAUAAUGAAUGUCACCAGUGGCUUUAUUAAAAACAGCACGCUCGAGGCUCACAACGAGAGCAACGGACAAAGCAGUUCCAGCUGUUUGGGGAACUGGAGCGGGCAGCAAUUAGAGACUAGACCACCACAACAACAACCAAACAGGAAAGUGCAGGGCCUACCACCAAACUUUCUUCAGCUUCAAAAUCAAACCCAACCUGACCCUCAACCUCAGUCACAGCUGCUUCCCUUGGAGAGUUUUUUGACUAAAGCACUAAGCACCAGAGACACCAACGGCAAUGCAGACAUUGGAGGCCAAAACAACCUCAACCCUAAUUCCUCAGCUACAAGUGCUGGGCCGAUGGAGAAGCUGUGUCCCUCUGUAGGAGAGAAAUCACAAUCGCAGACCACAAACCCUCUCUGUGGGGAUUUAGGGGUCCCUUCACAGCCUCAUCCCAGCUUAGCAUUCACAGAUACCGGACAACAAGGGCCCUCCAUUCCACCUGACAUCCAUACUGUAACAGUGCAGCUAUCAAAAUCCCAGGUGGAGGAUAUUUUACCCCCAGUGUUCUCAGUCACCCCUAAAGGCAGUGGUGCUGGGUAUGGCGUGGGCUUUGACCUGGAUGACCUUCUCACACAGUCUCUCACAGACCUGCAACACUGUGACCGGGACAGUUAUGACUCGGCUCCCCUCUCGGCCUCCCUUCUGUCUGAUUGGAGCGAGGUUCACCGCAUGACUCAGCAGGAGUUACAGCUGGGCUCUCCGAUGAUCCUGUCUGACACCAUGGCCCCAGACGCCUGA